UGACCAAUCAGUUUUCAAGCUGAAGUGAAAAAAACGCGACAAACAUUCUCCUCUCUUCUUGAACCUGACGUCUUCUGUUCAGAUUCCGUUCACUUCUUUCCAGAAUGUUUUAUUACCCCGCAGUCCUGCGGCGCCAUUCUGGCUGCUUUUCGACGAUCUGGCUGGUCGCGACCAAAGGCAUCCGAGUCUCUCGCCGGGAUAUCCUGAAAGUCAACGUCAAAAGGACCUGUGAUGACAUCAUGGACUACCUGCUGGAGAAGGUCCCGGCCCCUCGCCCGGGCCUGCCGCGGCCCCGCUUCUCCCUCUACCUGUCGUCCCAGCUGCAGUACGGCGUCGUCGUGGUCUUCCACCGCCAGUGCGCCAUGCUGCUGGAGGAAAUUCACUCCAUCCUGGUCCAGCUUCUGAAGCAGAGGGCAUCCCAGAAGAUUGACAUGGAUGACUACACCAGGCCUUCUCUGGUCUUCUCCGAUGCUCUGUCUCUUCUGCAAGAGACGGAUGGAGCCUCAGACCCUAUGUUCGGACUGAUGCACAUGCAUAUCAUGCCCAGUCCCACUAGACUGAUAGAGAUGAGUGGAGAGUUCCUGAGACGAGCGUCGUCUGAGUCUCCUGAACCGACCAGCCCAGCUUCUGCACCAGAACCAGAACCAGAACCUGAUGGCAUCACAGCGUCUCCAGAAACCAUCACUCUGAGAGAGACCGAGCCUGUCGCCAUACCCGCAGCAGAGUUUGAGGGCGAGGACCUUGAGCAUGAUCAACCAGAUGUUAUUGACUUCCUCCUGGCUGGAACAGAGCUGUUUCCAGAAGAUGUGGAGGUACUGGCAGGAGAGGGAGAGAGCGAGCGAGGAGCAAGCGAGGGAGAGAAAGACAGACCCGCAGAGCUCACCGGAUCCCCAAUUACUUUACAGCCCACGAUUCUGCCGAGUGAAGAUGCCACGCUGCUGCCCCAGGAGGAGCCCGCUUUGCUGGAGAAACCUGAAACUCCCCCCGAUGAGCUCACCCCGGUCUCGGUGCCGGCCCUGCCCUCACCGCCGCCUGCAGCAAGGACACCACAAAGGCCCCGGCUGCAGUCAGAGGACGUGUCUCCUCCUCCAAAGAAGAAGAAGAGGCAGCUCAUCUUCUUCGACCCGGAGACGCAGAUCCCACAGGAGGUGCUGCAGAGGCAGAUUGACAACACUCUGACUGAGACCAGACAGGUUCCUCCCCUACCGCCUCCAUCUGACAGAGUCGUCUCUGCUGCUGAUCUCUUCAGCAACCCCUGCACCCCCUUUCUGCCUCCAGAGGUGCAGUUUCUAUGGAGACAGGCCGCGACCAUCACACCCCGGCCCGGCGUGGACCUGCGGGUCGGGGAGCGGGGCCCCGAGUCCACAGAAUCUGAGGAGGACAAAGAGCAGGAGAUGGUUGAAGCGGGCGAGGAAAGACAGGAGCAGAAGCUGGAGCUCAGCCCACAGGAGGUCCCCAGAGAUUUGCCUGAGUCAGAAGUGCUGGAUAUUUCAGGCGCCGGCACGCUGCCGCUGGAGGCCUCCGAACAAAGGGAGACGUCUCGGGAAAUGUCCCCCAUGCUGGCGUCCGACAGGGAGGGGUCUAUUGUGUCUCGGUCCGUUUCCACGCUGCAGGACGUCCCAGAGGUGCUGGACGAGGGGUUGGAGAGAAUACCAGAGCAUCCUGGGCUGCUGCCAGAGUUGGACAAGGGUGAAGAGGCACCCGUGCUUUUUCGUUCUCUUCUGCCACCGGGCGCCGACCGCAAAACCGUCAGCAUCGCUUUCAAGAGGCUCCUGGAGGCUUUAUCCAGCAGGAGGGUGCGGGCGGAGCAGAGGCAGCCGUACGGGGACAUCCUGAUAUCACCUGCACCACAUUAGAAGGCAGUGGGCCUGGCUCCGAGAGGAUGUGCUUGUGGUUGUUCAAGUCAGCGGCAGCUUCCUGUUCCACCUGUGUGUUUGAUUUAUCAUAGAGGUAUUUUGUGGAUGAUCACCUUCCAUCUACUGGACACACCGGAUUUGUUAUUGCUGUAUUUUGUUGAUGUGUUUGAAUCAGCUGAAAUUUUACCUGCACUUUUUAAGGCACUAAUCUUGGUAUUUUGUCUCGUUGCCGUUGGUGACGCGACCAAUAAUCUGCAUCACCUUUGCAAAUUUUAACUGUUCCCAUUGUCAAGUUUUUAUUGAUCUUAGCUCAUGUUAUUUAGCCUAGGAAGGAACAUGCACCUGUUCAAGUUUCUCUUUGAAUAUGGACUUCAAAAUAAAAGCUUUGCACGA